AUGGAUCAACAGGUAGACCGACUGGUGAACAAGACCUGGGCAAAACUCUGCUCAACGGCAGACGACGCGCGUCUAAUGAUUGCUAUCAGCGGCAUCCCAGGCUCCGGCAAGACAGGCCUAGCAACAAUGAUGGCAGCGCGGAUUAACAAAAUCUACGCCUCGGAGAACCCAACAACACCAACACCGAUAGCAAUCGCCCUCCCAAUGGACGGGUACCACCUCACGCGCGCACAGCUAGCAGCCAUGCCAGAUCCGGUGCAUGCGGCGGCACGUCGAGGCGCAGAAUUUACUUUCGACGGCGAGAAAUUCCUCGAGCUUGUGCGGGCUCUUCGAGAGCCGCUUACAGCCCAAACGGGCACUCUCUACGCGCCGAGUUUUGACCAUGCUAUUAAAGAUCCCGUUGAUGGGGAUAUUGCCAUUCCGGCGAGUUGUCGGGUGCUGUUUUUUGAAGGGAAUUAUCUAAGCUUGGAUCGGGAGCCGUGGAAGACGGCUGCUGCGUUGAUGGAUGAGCUUUGGUUUGUUGAUGUUGAUUUUGAAGUUGCGAGGAAGAGGUUGGUGGCUAGGCAUGUUAAGGCGGGGAUUGCGAGGGAUGAGGUUGAGGCGGAUAAGAGGGCUAGAGAGAAUGAUUUGGUUAAUGGGAGGGAGAUUGUGGAUCAAAGAUUGCCGGUGCAGGAGGUUGUUUCGAGUAUUUUUGAUCCUGUUUGGGAGAAGUUAUGA